AUGAAUACUGUUGACACCUAUAUGCUAAGGCAUAACAGAAAAAAGCACCUAGCAGUGCUACUAUUGGAGUUAACGAAAUAUGAAAAAAAAAAAAAUGACUGCCAGCCAGAUUUUGAAAACGAUGAAUUUUACAAUCAGGUAGAACACAUCAUACAGCUGCUGUUUAAUUAUAUAUUUAAUUUAGAUACAGAAAACUCUACAGACUGCAAAGAUGACAUCCCUCAUGGGUAUUAUCAUUCGAGUUCUUCGGAAAAUUUAAGCGAUAUUUUAACAAAUUCUAGUGAAGACGAUGAAGAACUACCGCACUUCUUCUCACUUAAGGAAACCCAUGCGCAUGAAAAAGACACUCCACAUAUUCAUAAUGGCCAAGAGGAGGACAAACCCGAAUGUAUAAAGUCCAAAGGAGAGGGUGCGAAUGUUCAUAUGAAAUCCAUGCAGAUCCACAGCUCAUCUUCUAGUAACUCACACAACACAGAUCACAAUAUAAAUGGUGUCACCAGUGUACCCCUAAAAAAGGACAAACCCAAGAACGCAUCACUCCAAAAAGAAUCACGUAACGAAAGAAAUAAUACCCAUAUGUCCGAGCAUUUUUUCAACUUUAAUUUAAAAUGCAACCAAAAUACACAAACGCUAAAGGAAAAAAAAAAGGUGGAAACGCAAAUAUUAAGCAUCUACUAUAAGACCUUUUCUUCUAACAUCAUUGACAUGCUUUUAAAUAGUCCCACUGUAGAAAUUACAGAUAUUAUUUUUUUUUUUCUUUUCGAUCAUGUUGGCAAUAUUGAUAAUAUUAGUUCCUUCUUUACCAAGGGAAAUUACACCUUUGAGAUGAUACACACGUACAUUCAGAAGAGAAAAAUUAUUCCUGCUGAAGCGUCUUCAAGUAAGGGAGCAUAUAAAUAUUGGUGCGCAAACAACCCAUCCCAUUGUGGAGAAAGACACCAAACGGAUGAUACUAAAAGUGCGUACACGAGGGGAACGGCGCAACAGGGGGGUACACGGAGUACGGUGGAACAGAAUAAAAGAGAACAAAAUAGAGAGGAACCACACACCCCUGUAGAAGCCACAAGCAAUGUAGAAGGAAAUCCAUGUCUGAAUGAAGAAUGGCCCACUACCGACACCAGCGCUCAAAAAGUUACAAACGAUAACAUCGCACAUGGUGAAAACGGGGAAAAUGAAGAGGCCAAUAGUACCUAUUACUUAAGCGAAUUAUUGCCAGAAAAAGAAAUAAAUAAUAUAAACCUCCCGUCGGCGUGCAACCAUCCUGGGGAUGUCUUUAAACUAAGAAAUGCUUUCAUUAAAGAAGAUACAUUAAUCGUUGAAAAUUUUCAUUUCCAGUUAAACAAGUCUUCUGUUCUGCUCAACAAAUUUAUCAGCGUGUUAAAUGUACAUCUAGAAAAGCACAAACAUUUCAAAUUCUGCACUGAUAUAUUUUUCGUAAAAAAUUUAAGGUUGAGCUUUUUGGAAGCAUCGAAGCCGUGGAUUUUUUAUUGGUGUAUUCACACUAUCUACAUCUUACAUAACGAUUUAGAGAUUGAGCAAAAGUUAGGUAAAACCACCUUUGCUUACAUAAAACAAUGCGUCUUCGUUUACUUAAAUAAAAUAAAAAACGAAAAUGGAGCCUUCGGAGGUGGACUAAAUCAGUACACCCACAUAGCAACUACGUACGCGGCGGUAUGUGUCUUCAUAUACCUACACGAUGACGAAAAUAAUUUUUUAAGCUUUCUCGAUAAAAAAAAAUUACACUCCUAUAUCCUUAAGUUAAAAUGUAAAGAUGGUUCAUUUCGAUUACACAAAAAUGGGGAGAUAGACAUGAGAGGCACCUACUGUGCUAUAGCAGUAUGUUCCAUGUGUCACAUAUUAACUAAUAAAGUAAAAAAAAAUGUAGAAAAAUAUAUUCUGUCUUGUCAAAAUUACGAAGGCGGAUUUACAAGUGAGAAAUUUCAAGAAAGUCACGGAGGUUACACCUAUUGCGCCUUGGCUACCUUGUGCAUUUUAGGAAAAGUUCAAAAAGUUAAUAUAAAUAAAUUAGUACAUUGGCUAAUUAACAAACAAGGCAACUUAGAAGGCGCGUUCAUGGGAAGAACUAAUAAGUUAGUGGACGCUUGCUACUCAUUCUGGAUUGGAUCCAUUUUCUUUCUAAUAAACGAAAUAUAUAUAUUAAAGCAGUUCUUGCAAAGUUGGAAAAAUGGAAAUAAGAAAAAGCACAUUCCUGGGAGACACCAAAAUGUGGAUGACGCAGAUUUACACAAUUUUAAUGACCCAAGCAAUUUUGAAAAAACACAUGUAAUUGGAAGCAGUUCAAAUGGGGCAAAACGUGAACAUCCUUCUAUCAACCAAGUGGAUAACCACAAAAUGCGUAACAAAGCUAAGGGCAGUCAUCACUCCGACUGUGUUGAUGCGCCGUCCAAAUCAGACCACAUGAAUAGUAAUAACAAUCCCACCAUGACAACUCAAAUACACAAAGAACAAAUCAAUUUUGAAAAUUAUAAAAAUAAAUACUUGCAAAAAAAUGUCAUGUUCAAUAUGAAUUUCUUAAAGCUCUAUUUGCUCGUGUGUUCUCAAAAUAAUAAGGGCGGUAUGAAGGACAAGCCGAUGGAAAAAGUUGAUUAUUAUCAUACGUGCUAUGCCUUAAGUGGCUUGUCCAUAAUAGAAAACUACAUGUUGUCACAUAAGGAAGAUCAGGAGACGUACAGUACGGACCAUAUAAUCCAUCUGAACAAAAUUCACAUACUUUACAAUAUAACCGUUUCAAAGGUAUACAAAAGUUACACCUACUUUUCUCCCUCUUUCCCGCUAAGUGAAAACAAAAUUAAUCACCGAGUUGGGAAGGGUGCUUACUUGUAUUUGAAGCGGCUCCUUUGCUAA